AUGAAGUUUCUUGUCGUUAUUCUUCUCGUCACUCUGGUCUUCAGAAUGCAAUGUGGUUCAAUAAAAGAAGUGAGGGAUACUGACACUAUAUUUCGUCGCCGGAAACGUGUCCCUCAGUUCGCUCCUCCACCUCCACCACCUCCACCUGGCUGCCCACCACCACCUGGUGGUCCACCGCCUCCUCCUCCUCCCCCUGGCUGCCCACCACCUCCACCACCUCCACCACCUCCACCUGGCUGCCCACCACCACCUGGUGGUCCACCGCCUCCUCAUCCUCCCUCUGGCUGCCCACCACCUCCACCACCUCCACCACCUCCACCACCUCCACCGCCACUACGUUAUGGCUGA